GAAAGAAUAACAAUAUUUGCGAUAUUUUCUUCCUGUUUGAGGAAUAUGAAUAUUUUAAAACUGUCGUGACUGCGGAUAUUCAUGAUUUAGAUUGAGAAAGCGUUGUUUGAACAGGAUGAUAUUUCGAAUUUUUGCUCUUCUUUGCAUCACUCGAUCAUGUUUGGCAGUGACGGUGAUAAUAAACGAGACGGAGGUGGACUGUAAUGGACAUUGUGCUUGCUGUGAAGGAGGAGAGGCUCAGUGUGGACGUGCUGAUGGAAAACCAGAUUAUUGUUUAAAUGGCUGUGUUAACACAAUAUUUGGACAUAGAUGCAAAUCUGCAUGUCCUGGUAACUGUCGUACUUGCGCCCAGGAUGACGGACAUCCGUGUUUUACUUGCAAGAAUUCGUUUUAUGAUAUAAUUAGUGCUUGUAGCAUGAGAUGUCCUCUUGGGUGUGAUGGUACUUGUAAUGAUAACGGAAUAUGUAGCGCAUGUAAAUCGAACUUUGAAGGAGCUAGAUGCGAUACAUGCAUACCAGGGAAAUACGGUGAAGAUUGUUCUAUGACCUGCCAUUAUCAAAACUGCCGUUGUACCGACUUGAAUGGAUGUGACUCAUGUACGACAGGAUUUGCUGGUGAUUUUUGCAUGAAAUGUGUAACUGGAUAUUAUGGAGCAAACUGCAACAUAAGAUGUCUUAGCGGAUGCAGAGAUGAAAAUUGUAUGAGAAAUGGAAAGUGCAUUGAAUGCAUAACUGGUUAUUAUGGGGAACAAUGCAAUGAUAUGUGUUCAACAGGUUGUAGAGGCGGAGUUUGUUUUAGAAAUGGAACUUGUGACUGUACUGAUAAUUUUACUGGUACACGUUGUGACGAAUGUGUUGUAGGAAAAUAUGGCGAAAUUUGUCAACAGGAAUGCAGUGCUGGUUGUUCUACAUUGUCCUGUGGCAAAGACGACGGAUCAUGCCAUGGUGGAUGUGACGAUGGAUUAUAUGGCAUUUAUUGUUCUCGGAAAUGUAACGAUAUUGGCAAUGAGUGUUUUAAAUGUAGCCAGCCUGAUGGAAGGUUUUGGUGUGUAAAGCAGGAUUUUACACGAAUGAAAAUGGAAAUUGCAUUUCUUGCAAUAGUAACUGUAAAGAUGACAAAUGCAAUGCUGAAACAGGCAAAUGUAUUAAUGGUUGUGCAGUAA